AUGGAUGCAAUAUUCAAGUGUCUGUCAACCGAGAUCAAAGUUGACAUUGAUAUUCACGACAUUGACAACAUGCACCGUCUUGGCAAACCAAAAUCUUCCUCUGAGAAGUCCUCCACUGGCCAGUCGACUAGUUCUAACAAACAGCUUAACUCACGUCCAAGAGACAUUAUAAUUAAGUUCACAUUAUACCGAGCUAGGCAAGUCGUCUUCACGCAUCGUUCUCAACUAAAACACUCGAAGAUUCUUGAGCGUGUGUUCAUUAACGAGGAACUUACCGAAACACGUGGUGAAGUAUAUGACCACGCAAGACGUCUUGUGAAGAUUAAACGGGUCCAUUCUGUCUGGACAUCCAAUGACAUUAUUCUGAUUAAGGACAACUCCGAAAAAGUGCAUAGGUGCGAGUCAAUGGGCGAAUUAUCCAAAUGUAAUAAGCAGACGUAA